UAGUAGCAGCAGCAGCAGCAGCAGCCGCCGCCGUCGCCGACGCCGGAGGACGCGGCCCUGAGAGGCCCCGGGGCCCCGGCACAGCCCCCCGGGCGGGCUGUGUUGCCGCCUGCUGUGCUAUGAGCAGUCAGAACGUCUUCUCCAAGAGAGUUUGCAAAUGAAAAUGGAGGAAAUGUCUUUGUCUGGCCUGGAUAACAGCAAGCUGGAGGCCAUUGCUCAUGAGAUUUAUACAGACUUGGUGGAAGAUGCUUGUUUGGGACUCUGCUUUGAGGUGCACCGAGCUGUCAAGUGUGGCUACUUCUUUUUGGAUGACACAGACCCUGACAGCAUGAAGGACUUUGAGAUUGUAGACCAGCCUGGAGUGGAUAUUUUUGGGCAAGUGUACAAUCAGUGGAAGAACAAGGAAUGUGUUUGCCCCAACUGCAGCCGCAGCAUUGCUGCUUCCCGCUUUGCUCCCCACCUGGAGAAGUGUCUGGGCAUGGGCCGGAAUAGCAGUCGCAUUGCCAACCGUAGGAUCGCCAGUAGCAACAACAUGAACAAGUCUGAGAGUGACCAGGAAGACAAUGAUGAUAUCAAUGACAACGAUUGGUUCUAUGGCUCGGAGAAGAAAGCAAAGAAGAGAAAAUCAGACAAGAACCCCAACUCCCCUCGAAGGUCUAAGUCAUUAAAACACAAAAAUGGGGAACUUAGCAGCAAUUCAGAUCCUUUUAAGUACAGUAACUCUACUGGGAUCAACUAUGAAACCCUAGGUCCUGAGGAGCUUCGAACCCUGCUUACCACACAAUGUGGGGUGAUCUCCGAACACACAAAGAAGAUGUGCACAAGGUCCCUUCGCUGCCCCCAGCACACAGAUGAGCAGAGACGGACUGUGCGUGUCUAUUUCCUGGGCCCCUCAGCCCCUUUGCCCGAAGCAGAGGGCUCUGUAGAGAACGACAGCUUUGAUGUGGCUGAGAGCCAGGCCCUGAUGAGCCGGCUACAGUGGGAUGGCUCCUCUGAUCUAUCACCCUCUGACUCUGCUUCUUCCAAGACGAGCACUAAUAACUCUGAAUCAAGGAAGACCAAGAAAAAGAAACCCCACCUGAGUCUUGUGGGGGCAGCUCCAGGCCUCAGCUCCAACAAGAAGAAGAAGCCAAAGCCCCCUGCGCCUCCCACACCAAGUAUCUAUGAUGACAUCAACUGACCAGAGGCUCAAGGGUGUUGCCUUGUCUGGGCCAAUCCUCUCUUGUCCCCAAUUCUGGUUGAUGGGUGGCAGCCUUCACCAAAAGCCAGGGAUUUGGGGUUGUGAAGUAUGGGAGGAGAGGUCACACCAGCCUUGACCCUGGUUUGAACCACAGCAUGAUGGCAGAACCCUAUUGACUGUGCACGACCCUCAGGCGUGCAGGACUCAGACCUGGACAUGCUCUACCUUGAACAAAUUUUUCAGGGGAGUGUUUUUCUAUUUAUUCUGUGAUUUCCUGGAUGUCCAGCUGGGAUUGAAAGGAGAGGGGGCCAGACUUGGAUACCAUGCUAGGAUGCAUACACUGCCUGCCUUUCACUCCAGGGAUUGAAAUCCCUCGGAAGACGCAUUGUGGCUAUCCAGGGGGCUGUGCAUUGGGAAUUGAGCCCCAGAGAGGCCCCAGUCUGCCUUCUGCAAUGUGAAUGGGUCUGGUGCUUGUGGCUGAGCGCUACUCUGCUGCCCGUUUUCAGAGUCCUGUCCAGUGACCCCUCUUCCUGGGUUGGGUGGGUGGGCACAGAGUAUUCCUGUCUUGGGGCAGUUCAUACUGAUCUCCUUAUCCACCUUUCUUCUCAGUAUCUUAGGGCUGAGUGUCUUCUCAGUAUCCCCAGCUGUGGGAGGUGCCCUUCUUUUGGAGAGCCAGGAGGGGCUGCCAGAAAUCUUUGGCUUCAGGGAAUGGGAAAGGAGAGGGGACAAAGGGAGAGCUGCUUAUUAUCAGAACUUUCCUUUUCCUCUUUCCUCAAAUCCCAGAACCCUUGGGGGACAGGGCCCCAAAGUAAGUGGGAACGGUGCUGCUUUAUUUGAAAUGUUUUCUUACCUCAUCCCCUGCCCUGGGAAAGGGCCCAGCUUCACCCUCAGGGUGGCCCCAAGUUCCUCCUGCUUAUCCUUUUGUCCUGAAUAGGACUCCCCAGGUCCUUAUUUGCUGCUUGCUGCCCUCUUUCACUCCUAUGUGCUUUAGUUCAUCUCUUGCCCUUUCUCCUUAGCUUUUUCCUCCUCAAGUUAUUUAUUCUGGAUUUGUAGUCUGACAUUCUAAGAAGAAUCCUGAUCUUAAUAGUGGGUGGGAAGAGGUUUUACCAGGAAAAGAUGCCCAUAGGUUUUUACCAGAGGAAAAAGAGAUGUGGUGUUAGACCAGAUAUUGCCCGUUACAUCCUACAAAGUUGGGAUGAAAGUACUCCCCUCUUUCUACCUUACUAACCAGACUAAACAGUCGGGCAUGGUGGGGUGAGGAGGUUUGGGAUUCAUAACAAUUUUGAAAGCUGGUGGGAAGAACACUAGUCUUGAAAUGGACAAUACGGGCAGAGUUUUCUUCCCAGGAUGUGGGAAUUCAUCACUGAUCUGGCCUACUAGAAACCACCAUUGGAUUAAUAAAUGUGGGUGGGUCCUGGAUAGCUAGCUUAAGUAGCAGGUUGAGGACCUUCUCCUGCAACAUUCCUAGCCACCAUUUCCAACUUCUUGGCUUGACCUGCUUACUGAUUUUUAAGCCAAGAAUUUUGUUUUUUAAAGGAAGAAAUAAAGUCAAACCUGAGUGAGCUAGAGUAGAGGCUGAGCCCAGGGCAAUCCCUGCUUUUAUUUUCCAUAUCCCUUUCUAUAGGAGGGAACCCAGUCCCCCUUAGCCCUUCCAAAUCAUGUCUUGGAAGCAGGUUGGUAUUGGAGGGGAAAGGAGAAACUGUUGUGUUUGCUGGGGGUGGGGGUGAAGACAUGGAACCUUCAUCCUCCCUAAAGGUGGCUGUAGUAUCCAGGGUCCAGUGAUGCUCCCUUUGCUAUGCUAAGGCCCAGGUGGUUCCUAUGUUUCCCUUCUCAUUUGAAGAGGACUGCUAAGAAACGGUUUGGGAGAUUUCUCAAUGUUGACUUUGCCCAACUUUCUUCAGUCCACCUCUCAGGGCACAGCCCCACUCUCUUUUGGGCUAUAUGAGAUGAGCCUGACCCAGCUGGGAUCUUUAGGGAACAAUUUCUUUCCCUUUGGGGAAAGAGGGCUUAUUGCCCUUUAAUUGCUGGGUUAGGAGUUUUCCAGGCCCCUCUCUCCCCUUUCUCUUGUAAACAGGCUAUGUGGAUUUUACUUCCCAUCCAUCCCCCAGUUCCCAACUAGAUGUAUCGUCCACCCUGUAGCCUAUCAUGUGUCUUAAGUAUGUGUGUGGGGGUUCUGUUUUUUAUUUUAUUUUAUUUUUUUGUGGCCGGUGGCUUUUCCCUUUCCAUGCAUCACUCCUCUUCCUGCAUGCCCAGGGGCCACCUGCCUGGCAUUAAUGCAUGCUGGGGCCAUUGGGAGGGAAGGGGGUGUUGCUGUCCUGUGGUUUUGAAAUUUUAUUUUUGCAUAUGUAAUCCAUCUUGUACAGGUAGCUAACUUUGUAAACGCUGUGUACUCCCCAUCCCUCAUGGCUGCUGGUGUAAAUAAAUUGCAUUUUCCUGUUGUUAA